AUGCUUCUCGACCGCGAAUCAGACAUGGGACCUCCGAAGAAGCCGAGUUCGAAUUGUGCGCCCUACACAGACCGAUUCUCCAUCGACGCCCACACUGUUCCGCUCCGUUGCGAGGCUUCCUGCGAGGACGCGGUCGCCGAGACGCAGACGCCGACCGAAAACCACGACGACGUGGCCGCCGAAGCCAGCACGUGGGGAUACUGCACCAUGCGAGGCUUCUACCUCUCCGAGAUGAACCAACAUCUCGAGCAGCUCGUCGACGCGAAGCUCGCGGACGACAAACGGGCUGCCGCUCUGCAGCGCGUGGCACAGGCUGCGCGCGAUUACAGCUGGUGCUACGACCGCGUCGCUCCCGAGCUGCCGCCGAGCCCUCCCAACGACCGAUACCGACCGACUUCUCCGCUGCGAUCCAUCUCGCACAAGGACCUGCAUGACCGAGUGUACAAAGCCGUGCAGGACAUUUGGGAGAUUGCGCAUCACGCCCCGACGACCACCACUACCAUCGUUGGGGGGUCCAUUGCUGACUUGAUGAUCCCGCUGGUUGUGUCCCGGGCAGGCUGCCUCCAGAGCUUGGACGCCGAAUACCAGUGGCGCAUGUACGGAGAGGACGCCAGUCUUGACGCAGCGCUGGAGGGCACGAUUCGCAAGCUGCACAUUACCUGCUGCAACAACUUUGCAGGGCUCUGCACGGGUGACAGAUUCAGGACUCGUUUGAUGCAGAGCAGCCACCUUUGA